AAAGAGAGGAAGGGAGGGAGAUCCGUCGUGUUUCAGCCAUCACCAGCAUCAGCACCACAAGCUGCUCUCGCCUCCACAGAAAGGACCACCGAAAACCAGACCACCGAACCGAGGUCUUUCUAGGAUUUGCAUGAAGGGAUCUGUUGUUCGGCUUCUGUGCAUCAGUAGAACCUUUACUGACCUUCAGGAACAGCAGCGAGAGGAACAGCAGCUCCAGACUGUGUAAGCCCACAAUGGACGUGCUGAAAAAAGGCCUGUCCAAAGCCAAGGAUGGAGUCACAUUAGCAGCGGAGAAGACCAAGCAGGGAGUGACAGGUGCUGCUGGGAUGACCAAACACGGGGUCAUUCUCGUUGGAACAAAAACCAGAGACAGAGUCACAACAGUUGCAGAAAAAACAGUCUCAGGUGUGUCUCAUGUGAGCGGCGCCAUGGUGACCGGCGUCACAACGGUAGCCCAGAAAACCGUGGAGGGGGCGGGGAGUAUCGCCGCAGCCACUGGCCUGGUGAAGAAGGACACGACUAAAGUGGAUGAUGAAGUAAAAAACCUGCCUGUGGAGAAUGUUGACCUGCAGGACACUGACUACAGCUACACCCCCAACACUGAAGAGGAUUCUGAUUGAAGUCACACAACAGAGUGCUUACAGUCAACCCGAACCCGCCUAUACUACUCUGCCACAUCCACUCCCAUCUUCAUGUCCACUUGGUGGCUGUCUAUGAAUGUGUCCUGUGAGAAGGGUCACGUAUAACAGCAAAAGUUUGGCAAACCCUUCAGUCCCCCAGACCCCCACCCCCACCCUUCCUCUCAAAGUUAUUAACCUACACAUUUUUGGUGCUUUUUAAAUUGGAACUACGAUGCUAAUGUAGCAAAAAAGUAAUAAAAGAUUAUAGUCCACCUGCAUAAGCAUGUUAAAUGCAUGCCUAAGUUACUCACCACACAGUUGCCUCAACAAAGCCAAAAUAUAUUUUUUACAUUCCACCUUAAAUACUGCAGGAAUGAUCAAUUUAGCACAUUUAGCUUCUGCCACAAAUGUUUCAUUCUAACUUAACAGUGCAGCAGUUACAUUUUAGUUCCUCAGGUUAGUUAUUCCACCUUCAGUGCUGCAACAUUUACAUUCUAGUGUCUGAAGAGAACUUUGCAUUUGAUCUAACUUGUGUUCCACCUUAAAAAGGGCAGCAGAUAUUUUCUAGCACCUGAAGGUACUAAGAUUUUAAGUCUGCAUGUUGGGCGGUUUGUUUAAAUUCAGUUUUAAAGUUUUUUUCCGAUUUAUACUUUUUUUAUACAUCACACCCUAAAAUGUUUUUAUUCCCCAUCUAAUCUGUAAACAAUUUAAAAAUAUGAUAAAGUUGUACUUUUAUUGUAUUAUAUCAUAUUGUAUUAUUAAAUGUUUUCAACAUAUCGUCACUGUCCAAUGAAUAACAAGUACCUCUAUUGUUCUCAAUUUUUAGUUUACCAUACAUUUUGAACAUAAAAAAUGUCCUUUACGCUUUGUCAAAAUUUCUUGAUAAAUGGACAAAAAGAAAUUCUCCAAAAUUACCUGAAAUAAAUAAUUUUUUACACUGACUUUCACUGAAAGUUAAGUUUUUCUCUCCUGUAAAGUUGCUGUUUUGGAGACCACAGGGAGUUUGUCUUAAUUUGUCCUAAUGAAUAUCAACGGAGCAGUACAGCUAGCAGCUAAUACAUAUAGGAUUAGCUAUUACAAUAUAUAUAAUAUAAUAUAAACUUUUUUUAACAUGUCUUACAGCCAUUUGCCCUACAUGGGCAAUACAGGUAGAAGUAGUGCUUUCAUAUUCCCUGUGUUGAAUUGUCUGCAUUGGGGCAACUGAGAACCAGUCAGACUGUACAUUUAUUUCAAACAUUUAAAAGAAUUUUAGAUCGAAGCACUAGGAGAGAACAGUCAGAAUAUUUUCUGUGUUGCACAUUUACUCUGUCUUGCUUGAUUGUUCCCAAAAAUGUCUGAUUAUGAUAUGCAGGCAUCAGCAUGCCACCGUCAAUAUGUGAGAAUCACA